AUGUGUUUUCCAGGAAAUUCACCCAUCAACCCAUUUCUGUCGACGAUCGCCAAGCAGCUGGGCUUCUCACCGUCAGUGGUCGGUCAUAUUUUCACAUUUCUGAUGCUGCUGAACAUCGUGGUCAAACCACUAACUGGAUAUAUCACCGACAGAUGGAAAUGCCGGCGGACCGUGUUUUUGAGCGCCAUCCUCCUCAACGGUCUCAUAACUCCUAUGCUGUACUUCGUGCCAARCGCCACAUCGUAUGCCGACGAGAUGUCGGAUACCAAGGUUUUUGGAUCGCUGCAGUUCUGGCUGUUCUCGACAAUCGUCACGCUGAGGAUGGUAUUGUUUAUGGUCGGCGAAGUCUUGCAAGAGACCAUAUGCAUGAGAAUCUUAGGUGGAGACACCGUCAAGUUUGGAAUGCAGCGGCUCUGGGGUGCAGCUGGAUGGGGUACCAUGUCUAUAGUGGCUGGRGGUGCCAUCGACUGGUACAGCAGCGGCCAAGCACAAAAGGACUAUCUCCCCGGAUAUUUACUAUCGGCGGUCUCGUUUUUCGUAGAUUUCAUGGUGGCGUUCCACAUAAAGGUAUUUCCGCUAUUUUCCCGCAUAAUAUGUUUUCUCCGUCUUACACGCGUACGAUAUAGCAAAUUGUACGCUCAGCAGAAUACGUGUAGCUCCGUUAGUUUAAAAAUUAGAGUGAAUUUAUCUCUUAUAAAAUCUAAAGGUAAGAUUUGGCAAUAUUUCAGCUACCUGAUCAAGCGUACCGGUCAUAUGACGGCUUUUUCGAUAUCAUUUGCAAUGUUCGCAUUGCGAUUUCUCUUAUACUCGAUCAUUCGAGACCCACUGUGGGUAUUGCCUGUUGAGUUGUUAAAUGGUAUCACGUUUGGAUUGAGCUACAUUGCUGGCAUAUCAUAUUCUGCGAAGAUUGCCCCUGUCGGCAGUGAAGGAACAGUCCAAGGAUUAUUUUCGAUGGCGUUUCAAGGAUUUGGAUGUUCUUUGGGUGCAACAUUAGCUGGUUACACAUUCAGCCACUUAGGCAGCGUAUUAGCUUUUCGAUUUAUCGGAUACAUACUAAGACGCAUCGGACACAUGGCGGCUUUCUCAGUGUCGUUCGCAAUGCUUUCGAUGAGGUUUUUCCUCUAUUCGAUCAUCAAAGAUCCGCUGUGGGUAUUGCCGGUCGAGCUAACCAACGGUGUAACGACCACCAUGGCGUUUUUGAGUGGCAUUUCAUACGCGGCAAAAGUAGCGCCGAACGGUUGCGAAGGCACUCUUCAAGGCCUAUACGGCAUGGCUUUUCACGGAAUCGGUGUAUCAUUUGGUUCAUUCUUGGCGGGUUACUCGUUCGAACGCAUUGGAAGCUCGGCUUCUUUCAAACUAUUAAGUUACGUAGCAUUUUGCGCGUUUCUAAUCCAAGUAUCCGUCAGUCAAMUAAUAAUUCGAAUGAGUAAAUCUAGAAAGAAUGGCACUGCGGAUGAGCAAUAUGAGCAUACAACAAAAUAAAUCGCCACCGCUGUUACACCUGUCCUGAAAAACUAAUUUGAAUCGUGUCUAACGAACACAAUAUCAAUUAUACCUACUUACUAUAGGUAUACCAAUGUCAUUG